GCUCAUGAACCAUUUUCGACUCAGACUGAAGCGAAUCGAAUCGUGUACAAGAUGAGAUACUCCACGCCUGAUUUCAAUUUCACCAGCCCCCCAGGUCCCUCGUUUGAGAGUGUCUUUACCCCUUCGCCCUCUCAGAGCAGCAGUUCUUUUGGGUCACGCCCUCAAGGCCAGACGCCACCAUCUAUCUCGUCCAGAUCCCUAUCGCCAGAUUCUCCCCAGCAUAGUACACAAACUACUCCAAUUUACACUUUUGGAGGGAGGAAUAAUAGCGGACGGAGCUUAUUUGGGUUGGCCGCUGUUACAGGGCCCUCCACAAACCCGAACAUGGCGCCUAGGCAUCUGAGUUCCCGACCCAGGAUUAUGCCAGAUCGCAGUAUGGAUCACAACAUAACGCGCGAGCCUCGUGUUUCGUCUAUUCCAACUGUGAAUCCCAACGGCAUCUUUGGCAAUAGGGCACGGGAGACUGAAUCGCUCUCAUCUCAUACGGAAACAGGGAGCGUCAGGGAAAUGCCGGCGAGGAGAGGUGUAAAUAUUUUCGGGCAAAUGGAAAACUCAAACGCGACAAUACUGGGUGAGGAUGAUGGUCAAGAUGACAACGAAGAUGAAGACGGAGAUGACGAUGAAGACGAGAAUGAAGACGAAGCUGAAGAAGAGCCCGUCGACGAUGGAUUCUCCUCCCCGGACCCCAUCGACGACCGAGCUCUUCAGAAUAAUCUGAACACCCUUAAACUCAAGCUUCAGGGGCUUUCCCGCGAGAUUUACAGCUAUGAGCUGGCUCGAGACCCAGGAACCAGGCUGCAUCAUAUUUAUCAAGAAACGAAAAAGCUUAGUGAGUUUAAGGACCAGGAAACACGCAUUGUGGGAUUCAUAGGCGAAACUGGAGCAGGCAAGAGCUCCGUCAUCAACUCAAUACUAGACCAGAGAGGCCUCGCUCGCUCGAGUGGCGCAGGAGCCGCAUGUACUUCUGUGCCUAUGGAGUAUCGGUGUGUGGAUAAUAACCACCCCUGUCCCUACACCAUAGAAGCCGAUUUCAUGAAUGAAGACGAAGUCAAUGAUCUUCUCGAAGAGCUUCUGCAAAGCAUCCGACGAGCGACAAUCCAGACAGACCGGAGUCUUAUUGCAGAGGAGAAUUGGGAACAGUAUGAAAUCAUAGGCAGGAGGUCUCACGAGACCCUCCAGGCAAUUUUUCGCAAUCGGUCAGACUUGACUAUUGAGUAUCUCUCGCGUCCUGAGGCGGAACUCGAGAUCCGUCAAGAGUUAAAGGAGUUGGCUAUGGAUCGGUUGACGUUCCGACCUGGAGGGUCAAGUUCACUACAAUACUCCGUCGUCGCGGGUGACUUGGAAAAUUGUAAAGAUGAAUUGGACAGGUUGACGAGUGACUCGGGAGACAGAAAUGCGCCUGCUUUAUGGCCUUUUAUUAAGCUAAUCCGGGUAUUCUUGGAGUUGCCUAUCUUGAAGACUGGUCUGGUGCUUGCCGACUUACCAGGACUGCGAGACACGAAUCAUGCCAGAGUACGAGCCACGGAAAGGUAUCUUGCCAGCACCUGCGAUGAAGUGUUCAUUGUGGCCGGGAUCCUUCGAUGCGUCUCGAAUGAAUCCAUCUACGAAACUAUUAAGAAGUGCGGAACUACUAAGCGCAUACGAAUCGUUUGCACAAGAGCAGAUGAAAUUUCGCCGGAGGAGUCUGCUCGCGGUACUGGUCAUUUCGCUGGCCAUGUGAAGAAGAUGAACGCAGCAAUUAAGAAACUUGAAACCGAAGCAAAUCGUAUCGGACGUCAAAGGCAAAGAGCACAGGGCACAGAGAAAGCAAAGCUUGCUGUUUUGGAAUCCACAAUAGAAGACAAGAUACAACAGCUUCGCUACGAGCGACAGGCGUAUAUCAUGAAUGAUAAGAACGACUCGACCGAAAAGGAUCUUACAAGGGCAAUCCAUAACAAGCAAGAGCACCGAGGCAAGGACAUCAAAAUAUUCUGCGUGGGCAAUGAGCUCUACGGCAACCCUCCACACAGGCUAGCAGACGAGUAUAGGAAUCUCAGUGGUGUUCGCGAGCUUCGUUCCUAUUGCCGAUCAGUUCCUGCAGAGGCUAGAAUGAAGUCCGCCCUUGUUUUCAUCAGGGAUCAAGUGCCUGCUCUUUUGCGUUCGAUCGAACAGUGGACACUGACGGGCCGUGACUCUGUGACUUCUGAGAAGGCCCGUAAGCUUCGGAGCGUGCUGGAGCAGUUGGAAGGGGAUCUCCGUGAGGGCUUUACUUCGAGCCAUGGUCGACUCGCUCGUAUCCAGAAUGAUGUCCACUCUAAAUUCGACACCCAAGUCAUGCACCAGCUUCAAGACAGUUAUUUUCUGGGCGAUCUAAAAAGAAGGUUUGUCGAAGUGAGUCAAUUAUGGGAAAUAUUGCAUUUCACUACUUAUGCCGCGUUCUGUCGACAGAAUGGCACUCACACAACCCAAGCCGCGGGCUCGCGCUGCUGGAAUGACGAACUGAUGGAAGAAGCGCGGGCGGUGUUAGGUUACCGGUGGGAUGCAAUAGAAACCUGGAUCAUGGCUCAGAGGAAUGAUAUCUCUGUGUCUUUUGGAGACAUUACGUAUACACUUUCCGAACAUUUUGAAGUUGCCCCUCAAGCGAUUGGAAACCUUCUCUUUGUUUUGGACUAUAGAAAAAGGUGUAUCAAGCAUAUUUUCACUGAAGCCAUCACCCAUAUAAUUCAAAGCACAGAAUUCAUAAGAGACCACACCCUCAAUGGCCACAACAACAGUUCUUUGAUCGCCGACUUAAUGCGGGAUGCGUACAAUCGCUGCAAUCGAGAAUCAGGAACCGGAAGCGCUCGAAGGCGCAGGGAUAUUAUGCACAGCCACCUAUCCAAUAUGCAACUGUACAGAAAGUAUGCACAAUCAGUGCAAUCUUUGUACCACGCGGCUUUGGACGAGGCCUUUGCCACUCUUAGAGAGAAGCUACAGGAACAGAUUGAAAUGAUUGCACGAGACCUGCGCGCUGUGGUGGUCCCUGCUGGAGAGGUUUCGGAGGUAGAGAAAGCCCCGGGAUUGGUGCGCGAGUUUGAGGCGAGACUUGGAACUUUGAAACGCGUUUUGUAUCAUGCAACUGAAGCUGCGAACGCAGAGGGAAGCUAAACCAAGCUGAUGAGCUUUCCUCUCCUUGGGGUUUUCCUCCAGACCCAGCGCCGAGAUGCCUCGAUCCUGUGCUUUUCCGUUUCUUCCUUGCUCCUCUUGCAGAAUGUGUUUUCCCGUUGUUUCCUGGUAGUUCGUGCAGAAGAUAUGAUUUUCCGUCGACUUGUUCUGUUUUGUAGAUCAAGUCUCCUUCCUGAUGCAGGGUGGAGACAGUUUCUGGUUAGAUAGUUGAUAGCUCUGUAG